AUGGCAGGUACUCGAGUUUACAUUGGACGCUUGCCUUACAAAGCGAGGGAACGUGAUGUCGAAGAGUUUUUCAAGGGAUAUGGGCGUAUUCGAGAAAUUCUGCUGAAGAAUGGAUUCGGCUUUGUUGAGUUUGAUGAUCCACGUGACGCUGAUGAUGCAGUUUAUAACUUAAAUGGUAGAGAAUUAUGUGGAGAGAGAUAUGGUCCGCCUUCACAAACUCGCUGGAGGUUGAUCGUGGAAAAUCUUUCGACAAGAAUAUCGUGGCAGGACUUGAAGGAUUUUAUGCGUCAAGCUGGAGAGGUAACUUACGCUGAUGCUCAUCUUUGUUUCUCGAGCUAUUCUGAUUUGAAGAAGGCUCUGGAUACGUUAGACGGGACAGAGUUGAACGGACGCAAAAUUAAAUUGAUUGACGCAUCACGGAGGUACGCAAACGCUAUUUUUUCUGUAUAUUUUUUUUCCACCGAUUCUUCCAUUAACUGGAUGAAGCAAGGAAGCCGCUCGACUUCUAAUGAUGGAUCUGUAUAUGCGACGGGAAAUGUAACGUUUGCACAUGUUCCUUUUUCUUUCCAUGCUAUUUAA